CCACGACUCCUUGGGCCUCCUUGGCCCCUCUUGUGCUCCCCAAAUCAUUCCAAUCAACCGAUCUGACAGUGUGUCAGUGGCAGGGACGCUGGCGUGUGAGCACGCGGUUGGACGGAGGAGCCCGCAUCCUUGCCAACUUGCUCCCCCAAAGUGGGGUUUUCUUAUUGAAGGACUGCAGGGACAUCCAACUCUAGCGGCCCUGCUCUUUGCCUCUGCGACUCUCGCACCUUGCAGAACACCGCUGCACAAAGGUGGGGUCUUAUCCUCUCCACUUUGGCCAAUCACAGCUAUCAUGUUUUUUUUCCCCUUCUUCCCCGGGCCCCGGGGGACCGCUCAUCGCAAACUUGAAGCUCCGACAGGCGACAGCUCCCAGAUAGUCGCACCACUUCCGUGUACUCGUCGUCUUCAAGGUACAGAGGGAAUGCCAAACCACCGUCACCAUGCCUAGCUCUUGCAAAGAACUGCGCGAGGCUCUCGCGCAAUGCCUCCAGGAAUCCGAGUGCGUCAUGGUCCAGCGCAACAGCGCCUCCGACUGCCUCCGAUCGCCCCUCGUCGAGGGCCUCCCCACAAAGUGCCAGCAGCUGAAAAAGGGUUUCGGCGAGUGCAAGCGCGGCAUGGUCGACAUGCGCAAGCGCUUCCGCGGCAACAUGCCCGUCAACUACAAGACCAUGAACGACGCCGAGAGCGGCAAGGGCUACCAGCUCUACGCCGGACGACCCGCCUUUGCCGGCGGCAGGGGCGAGACCGACGGCAACGAGCCCGCGCCUAGGGACUGGCGCGAGGUCGAGAACGAGCAGUACCGCAAGGAGCAGGAGGCCGCGCAGAAGAAGUGAUUGCACAAGGGCAAGAAAGACAUAAAGAAAAUCCACAAGAGGGGGAAAGGAGGAUAGCCGCUGAAAGGCGCGAUUGUGGGAUACAAUACUUGUACAAACUAUGUGUAUGAUCUGAAGAGCGAGGCAUAGGCAGGCGUCAUGGCGUUCUCAAAACACACAAAAACGAUGGCCCUGUUUAGGACAGGCCCGAGGCUGCAUCUUGUUGGAUCCUCACACGACAGACCACGAGGUAAGGCAUGCUUAUGUAUUCAAAAGGAAUUUUAAGAUUCGCACGGCCUUAGAACUUCUCCACUAAGAGGGUUGGAAAAUAGAGCGGC